GCGGACUUAAAUUGCAACAUUCAAGAUGAUACAGGAGCAUUCUAUGGUGUAACUAGUCAGUAUGAAAGCUCAGAAAACAUGACAAUCACCUGUUCCACCAAAGUCUGCUCAUUUGGAAAGCAAGUAGUAGAAAAAGUAGAGGCGGACUUAAAUUGCAACAUUCAAGAUGAUACAGGAGCAUUCUAUGGUGUAACUAGUCAGUAUGAAAGCUCAGAAAACAUGACAAUCACCUGUUCCACCAAAGUCUGCUCAUUUGGAAAGCAAGUAGUAGAAAAAGUAGAGACUGAAUAUGCACGGUUUGAGAAUGGCCGGUUUGUGUAUAGAAUAAACCGUUCUCCAAUGUGUGAAUAUAUGAUCAACUUCAUCCACAAGCUCAAGCAUUUGCCAGAGAAAUAUAUGAUGAACAGUGUGUUGGAAAACUUUACUAUUUUGUUGGUUGUAACAAACAGGGACACGCAAGAAACCCUACUUUGCAUGGCUUGUGUAUUUGAAGUUUCAAACAGCGAACACGGUGCACAGCAUCACAUCUACAGGCUUGUAAAGGACUGAACAGUUAUUUAUAGACACAUUUCAUUAUAGCUCCGUAUCGAAACACAGACUGUCAACCUCAACGCGAAGUGGCAGUUUCUCUGGCUGAGCUUUCCCCAACAUUUUUCUAAACCUCAUUUGAGUGUGUUCAUACAUUGUAGCUGUGAAAUUCUGGUAUAGUUGUACAAA